AUGACGAAGUCGAAAAAAAAGAGCGGCAAUUCUCCUGGUGUUACUCCUUCAAGUUCUAGCAAGAAUGACCCUCACGGUUCGAAGCCAGGCUUUGGAAACCCUGAGGAUUCAAAGUCAGGUGUGACAAACUCUCAGGGUCCGCCUCUACCACCAGGACCUCCGCCACCUCCCCUACAAUCUUCAAUCCCAUUUCAAAAGAACGAGGUCCUGAACGAGACUUGGUACAAGCUUCAAUCAAUGACCAGUGGAAUGCGUAAAUUUCUUGAGCACGACUUCGAUGAAAAGUGGCAAGAGGUCAAAUGUGACGACUACUACCGGAUCCUCAUACACUUCCAUCCCGAGACCAAAUCCCGACCAGACCACAAGAAAAGCCUCCUCUACAAAGCCUUUAAGGAUGAUGUAGCCCCCAUCUUACAGCCAUACAAGCUACCCGCGCCGCCGGCCCCUAUGCAGACCAAAAAUUCAGUUCGGAAAGAUUUCAACCCACUUAGCCGACGAGUGAAGCGAGAACAACUUAUUACUGUGAUUCUCAAUGUUUGA